CCACUAGGCUAUCUGCCGCCCCUGAUUAUGUUAAUUAGCCUGCCUCAUCUCUUGUGUUUACUUUCUCAUAUUUGCCUAUUUGUCUAUGUGGUGCGCAUCAGGGCAUAGUUCUAUGUACUACAAGGUUAUUAGAUGAUACCGCAUGUUUUCUCUCCGCUGUGUAAUCAUGACUGUUCAGCACAGUCUAAUACCUGUGGUUCCACCAGUCAUAACUGAAAACAAUCUCUGACACUGCUGUGUGAAUGUUCUUGUUGUGGUUGGGAACACAGCAAACGUUGAAAACUGUGGACCAUCCCAGCACUGUAAUGUCCACAUCUUUGUUUGUUGUUGAUUGACCAAAUAUCAUGAUCAAUUAGAAGAAAUGUAUGUGUAUAUCAUGUGAAAUGUGUCUGCGACUCUCGCUUGACUGUGAUCCUGAUACGAGUGUUGGCCAGAGGCAUGGUAGGUACUGUUAUAGUCAGAUGAACUAUAUGUGAAGGAGUCUCUCCUGUCCCUCCAUUUCCCUUACUAACUUGUGUUGCCUACUAUUUUCAGGUAUCCAGUUUCGCCUCCCUUCUUCCUGCAGUGUGGACCGAGCCAAUCCACCUCCAGCGGUGACGCACACACCUAGCUAUAAGGCAAAGACGCCCCCGCCUGUGCCACCUCGCGCCACCUCCAAGCCCCUCAUCUCGGUGACAGCCCAGAGCAGCACAGAUUCCACCCAGGACGCCUACCACGAGGGGAGGCACCCGCGGGGGAGUAUCCUGUGGGCACCGGACGGUCUGGGCGGCUCGGGUCGAACCCUCUACAACUCCACCGACAGCCUGGACAGUGCCAAGGCGGUGACGUUGGCCAUGGAGACAGCGGCGGGCAAGCGGCACGCCUCCACGGGCAGCCACAGCUCCGUGCAGACAUGUGACAAGGCGGUGCUCGUGUCCAAGGCUGAGGAAUACCUCAAAACACCACGCUCUUCCAUAGGGAUUCAGGUGGAGACAGCGACAGACUCCGAGUCGGAGAGCAAAGGGCUUCCUCAGUACCAUUCUGUGGGCACCCAGGUGGAGGAUGACAAACGGCAUGGCAGGUUCAAGCGCUCCAACAGCGUGACGACGGCCGUACAAGCUGACAUGGAACUAGAGGGCUUCCCCACCAUGGAGGACAAGGGCCUGCAGUUCGGAGGGGGCUUGGGCUUCCGCGGGGGCCACUCGGAGCCUAGCACGCCCACCCAGUACGGGGCUGUCCGCACCGUCCGCACCCAGGGCCUUUUCAGCUACCGGGAGGACUACCAGCGCUCCUCCAGUGGACCGCCCAGCCCGCAGCCCGAGUCGUGGUUGACAGAGCCCUCUCUGGAGGGGGUAGAGACGGGCCGGGUGUCCCCCCUCCGCAGGGAUGGCAGCUGGUUCAUGCAGCUCCUCCAUAAUGAAACUAAGAGGAUGGAGGGAUGGUGUAAAGACAUGGAGAGGGAGGCGGAAGAGCAUGACCUGUCGGAGGAGAUCCUAGGGAAAAUCCGAAGUGCUGUGGGCAGCGCACAGCUCCUCAUGUCUCAAAAAUUCCAGCAGUUCUACUGGCUGUGUCAGCAGAAUCUGGACCCCAGCGCCAUGCCCCGCCCCACCUCUCAGGACCUGGCCGGAUUCUGGGACCUGCUGCAGCUCUCCAUCGACGACGUCACUGCCAAGUUUGACGAGCUGCAGGAAAUCAAGAGCAACGAGUGGAGGCCCUUGGAGAGCCCCGAGAAGAAGACGCCAUUACAGGAGAGGAAGUGGCCUCCCCCGCUGCCAAAGAGGCCUCCGAAGGGGCGUGGCGGCGUGAUGCGGGAGCGCUCUCUGGACCUGCAGGACCGCCAGCGUCAGGAGGCCCGGCGCCGCCUCAUGGCAGCUAAGCGGGCGGCUUCCUUCAGACAGAACUCAGCCACAGAGCGGGCGGACAGCAUCGAGAUCUACAUCCCCGAGGCCCAGACCCGCCUUUGAGGUCCAAGCAUUUACCCCUCUAGCCUGACCCCGACCCCAGCUCUGCCCCCUUCCGGCCCCCAUACCCCAGACCCAGCCUGUGGGUUUCACCCAGACUCCUUCCUCCCUCUUUCUUGUCUCUGUGUCUCUCACUUUCACUUCUCACUGUUUCUCUCCAUCUAUUGCCCUUCUUCUGAUGUCCUCUCCCCUUUAAGACGGAGGUAAUAUUCACCACCCCUCCACCCCAUUAUAAUGAGCUGCUACUACACCCUCCCCUUUAACCGAACUGAUCCACCAUCACAAUUAUAUUUGGCUAAUUACAAGCAAAAUGAUUAUUUUCUAUACUGUAACAAAUUCUCUUGUUGGAAAUGUAUUCAUCCCCCCCAAGAGCUUUCGCAUUGCCAUCAUGUAUUAUGAGCCUCUGGGUAAAGUAAGGGUAAUAUCAGUAUUUUCCCACCGUGUUCAAAAGGAAUCACAAAGUGCAACUUUUCUAUGGAGAAUCUCACCAGCAUCAGUGGUCUUGGGCUAAAUCACCCUGUGCGGAGACUACUACUCCCCAGUGGUAGCACAGAGGUGGUGAUGACUCACUGUCAAGAUAGAAGUCUGGAAAUCUCUCCCCCAUGUUUGUGGGUUGUCAGUCAAAGUGGGGGGAAUAUGUCAUGUGAUUGAUCAACACCUGCUAUUGAAAUACCUCAGUCUUGCAGUGGGCACUCUAGGGUAAAAACCAUAGACAUAGAAUUCAAAUCUAUUUCUAUGGGGUCUAUUCUAUUUCUAUGGUAGAGACCAAGGAGUAGUCAUCACAUCUGAUAUGGUUGCACAGCAUCCUGGGUAUAGUAGUUCCGUUGUUAUUCUUGGGACUUACUCACACCACUUUUUACCAGGCUUGCUGCUGCAGCCACUGCCUAACAUUGCUGAGACAUGGGAUGUGAAAAAGACAUGCAGUAGUACCCCAGCUAGCACAUUUAGUUCCUUGGAAGUUGUGGGACAGAAGUUUUUGGUUUCCAAUUGAUUCUGGGAACAAAGCCAUAAGUUUCCUGAUCGGUAAAACUGAACGUUUUUAAAACGUUCUGGGAAUGUACAUUUUUAGGUUGCACGGAGGUUCUGAGAACCUUUUACUAUGGUUCCCUGAAAGUUUUCCUGGGAGGUUUUAUUAACGUUCUGAGAAUGGAAAUUAUAGGUUAUUUGAAGGUGAUCAAAUAACGUUCUGAGAACAUUCUCUAAAUUUUGUGAAUGUUCUGAACUAAAUAUAAACGUUAUUUUGAGGUUUUUGAAUCACUUAAAAAUUUCACUGAACGUUUCAAUAAGACUGCUAGCUUAACUGUUUUGAACUCCAAGCAGAGAUAGGACACAUGGAAAUGAAUCAUGCAAACACAUUUAUUUUUUAUUUUGGCACAGCGGCAGUGAGAUUCAAACCUAUGAUCUUCUGUUCUCUGUCCAUGGAAUUAGUUCACUGCGACAGCAGAAUGGAGCUACAGUAGCAUGCCAUGUUUUUUAAACUCAUACAAAGCUGUUAAUUUUAGUAUAUUCCAACAGACCCCAUUUCAAAGGAAACUCAUUAAGAUGAGAGUGCCCAAUUAUUGGGCACAGCCAAUACACCUGAACACACUAAAGAAGAAAGAGGAUAGAGAGAGUUUUGUUGACACUGAGAAUGGAUGUUCAG